UGGGGAUGUGCUGCAGGCUGUGGCGCUGUGAAUGGUACAGCAGGUCUGCUGCUGGGCAGCCUCAGCCCUUUGCAGAGCUGGGGAGAAAAGGGACCCCCAGACUGCCCCAGGGACAGCCCAGGAUGGGGAGGGCUGUCCCUCAGGUGCCUUUACCUAUGGCCUGGGCAGGGGGGACCUCAGAGCUGUCGUCUGGAGCUCAGUGCUCUCCUGACCAGCCCCGUGUUGGCGUUUCAGGGGCUGCAGAGUUGAGGCUGGUGAAUGGCGGCAGCCGCUGUGCUGGGAGAGUGGAGGUGGAACACAAGGGACAGUGGGGAACUGUGUGUGAUGAUGAAUGGGACUUGAAAGAUGCUGCAGUGGUUUGCAAGCAGCUGGGAUGUGGGUCUGCUGUUCGAGCUUUUCGGAAUGCACAUUUUGGGCCAGGAUCUGGCCCCAUUUGGUUGGAUGAUGUUCGGUGUCGUGGCUCUGAGCCUGCCCUGUCCAACUGUACACACAGAGGAUGGGGUGAGAACAACUGUGAUCACUAUGAGGAUGCUGGAGUGAGCUGUUCAGGGUUUGUCUGGCUGGUCGGAGGGGACAACGACUGCUCAGGACACGUGGAUAUCCAUGAUGGGGAGAAGUGGAAAAGUGUCUGUGCCUCAGCCUUUGGUGCCAGAGCUGCUGCUGUGGUCUGCAGGGAGCUGCAGUGUGGGGCAGCCCUGAACAUCCAAGGGGCAGCUCGUGAUGGAGCCAGCGCCGGUGCCAUGUGGGACAGAGAGCUGCAGUGUGCAGGGAAUGAACCCUUCCUCCAGUUUUGCCCCAGAGGCCCCUCCUGCGACCAGCUCUGCACCCCCAGAGCUGCUACUUGGCUCAACUGCACACGGUUCAGGCUGGUGAACGGCAGCACGGCGUGCGAGGGGAGGGUGGAGCUGCACGUGCAGGGGACCUGGGGCAGCCUCUGUGCCUCCCGCUGGCACCUCUCUGACGCCCACGUCCUCUGUGGCCGCCUGGGCUGUGGCUUUGCCAUGUCCCUUCCCAGAGGAGGGAGUUUUGGGAGAGGAACGGGCCCCGUCUGGAGACACUCGUUCCGCUGCAGUGGGACUGAAGCCCACCUGGGACAGUGCCCAGUGACCGUGCUGGGGGCCUCCCCGUGCUCCCAUGAGGAUGCUGCUGCUGUCGUCUGCUCAGACUCCUCAGCUCUGCUCCCUGCCAGGGACACUGGCUUCCAGGGCCCAUCUCCAGCAGAGAACCAACGGCUUAGGUUGGAAAAGGCCUUGAAGCUGCUGCAGUCCCAGCCCUGCCCUCACCCUGCCAAGCCCACCACUGACCCAGCACCUCAGCUCCAAUCUCAACCUGCUCUAGGGAAACCUGAGCCCAGCCCUGAAGGGAUCCCAAAGCCGUGGGGCUGAGGCCCCGCUGGCUCCGGGUCCCUGCGGCUGGUGGGGUGAGGGAGCCGGUGCGCCGGGCGAGUGGAGAUCUUCCAGCGCGGGACGUGGG